CUGUAAUGACUGUCUGUGUGGUUAUAGGUUUCCCCAUCAUAUCUGUAAAUAGUUCAUCAUGUGUUUAAUUUUAUUUCCUCUUGAUAAGUUGUGUUUAAAUUAAACCUUUCCUUUUGUCAGACCCAAUCUUUGGAGACCUUUUAUUUGUCAUCUUUUCCACUGCAAUACUUUAAUAUCAAACGGCUGAAUCCCCAGCGAAGAUAUCACUUUAACAAAAGAAAUUAACAGUUUUGGAUUGGCUUGACCCAAUCUUUGGAGACUUUUUAUUUGUCAUCAUUUCCACUGUAGUACUCCAAUACCAAACGGCUGAAUCCCCAGCCGUUAUAUAAGAUAUUACUGUAACAAAGAUGAUAAUGGCCCGAAAGACUUUUCAGUAAAUUUUGAGCUAUCGGUUGUUGCAGCAGAUGAUUCAUUUGUAUCUCUGAAAGGAAAUAAUCGUACAUUCAAGAGGGAAAAAGGAUUUGGAAAUGUACAAAUCAUACAGAGGGAUGAAGUGCUUCUACUUAGAAACCCUGAAUAUUUACCUAAUGACACUCUGACUGGGAGAUUUGGAAGGAAGAAGUGAAAACCAAUGAGAGAGUUACACAAAUAUACGUUCGAACUCGAAUCUGCAUCGAAUACGUUCCAUUUCUUUAUGUAGUCCAGGGGUGGACAGACUUUUCCAGGGUACGGGCUACUUCUACUUUUUUCAAGGUAUUACAGUCCACAAAGUGGCGUAGGUCUACAAUAUUUAUUAUAACUUAAUAACAAAUAUGGAAUAUGUACUUACCUACAUAACUACAAACAUAAUAAUAAUUACCCCAAAUAUAAUAUCAGAUGAUGCAUUCAUUGAUAAAAAUCAUUCGUCUAAUCAUUUCAUUCAGUAGUUCUCGUAAUAUUAGUUAGUAGAAGACUUCGGCUACAUACUAAUCCACCAAUAUCUCGGUAUAUAAUUACUAACUGCUAAUCUUGCACUGCAUUCUAAGCGGUCGUCAAUGAGACACGAACGAUAUGUUGUCUUAAUUAAAUAGAUAGGAAAAAUCAAAGAACGAUGUUAAAUGAUAUGCAACUUUUUAUAAAUUAGGAUAUGUCUAUUAGAUUCCAAAAGUUAUUCUUAGGUUCGGAUAUACAUGCUUUUAAAAUUAUGCCAUUUUGAAGAAAAACUUCAUAUUCUCUUUAUCUCUUGAGAAAAACAAUGUUUCAUAAAUAUGUUUCUUUUAGUAUGCGCAUCUUAGAUCUGAAUAAAGGUGGUCACCCCGAAAUGUCUUGGUGGUCCACCGGUCGAUCGCUAUGGACUGAAUGCCCAUCCUUGAUGUAGUCGAAAGCUUCAGUGCAUUCAAACCCAAAUAGAAGAGAACUAUCCAAAUUGGAUCUCUGAUGGCCAAUGUAAUAGAGAAAAAAUAAUGUUGGAAAUUACUUCCUCUGAUACAAUUCAAAUACUUUUAAAAUGUAAACUUUCUUUGCCAAAUGCAUCUGCAAAAUAUAUUCAUGGAUGUGGCGUCGAUUAUAGAUUUUAUGCUAGAAGAAAGAACAUUAAAAAUAUGCAUCUGUCUCUUACGAGAUUGGUAAUUUUGAAUAGAAAAAGUGAAUAAUCACCAAAUGAUACAUUGUCUUUACUAUGCGAAUGCGCGUUUUCUUGUGGAAUUAAAUAUCAGAACAUUGAAAGAUCUUUCCAAUAGAAAUCUGUCCCAAAAUAUCAUAGAGUUAAUGAAAACUUGAAUGUAUGGUUAAUCCAUUUUCUAAAUUUCGUUGCAUUAUAACUUCACUUUUUCAGGGGCCUUUACUUUUUCAGAAGCUACUGCACAAACUCGCCAGCGUCCUGGCAUAGGGGUAGUGCAUCUUUCUCGUGAUCUGGGCGUCUCGGUUUCGAAUCCCGGCUCGGGCAUGCUUGUUCUUUUUCUGUGAGGUGUGUGAAUGUGCCCCCCUGUAAAAAGGGGUUGCGCAAGCGAAUAUGUGUGAGUUUCAUGAGCUAGAAGUCAGACUCCUGCCCUCGGGUGCUCAGGGGUCUUUAACCUCAGAAGCUACUACACUCCCUUUCCGUGGUAACGCGGACACGACAUCAUCAUCACUGCACAAACUAGGCUUAAAUCGCAGACUUCGUCAACGGGUUUGUCUAUGGCAAGUGCCAUACCUAACAACAAUUUUCUUUACUCGUCUCAUAAAUUACACAUAUAUUAAACAGAAUCAUCCUUUAGCUUUCUACAAUGGAAGGAAAUCACUCAAUUAAAUAUUUGAUGAAACAAUGAAAACAAUUUAAAUAUCGAGGCAGGAAUGUAAUGUUGUCAGAAAUAAGGCAAAAUUCAAAAAUAGCAAGCUGGUAUCGUUGAAAAGAUAAUUUUUUACGUCAUUUAAAAUUCAAAAAAAUAUUUUUGAGCUAUAUUAACUUCAGAAGUCAUGAUGGGGAAAAUGUCAAACUUUCCUUUAAUUGUCAAUUAAUUAAAAUAUUAAUAAAAAUCGUUCAGGAGUGUAUAUUCCCUCUUUCCAAAUUACACAUGUGACUUUGCUUGAGAUAAAAUGGUGUAGUGAAUGGCCAAAAUGAAUAAUAAUGGUGUAUUCAUUUGAGCGCCAACGUACACAGAGAUGCACACAAACAUAUACAUUCAUCUUUAUUAUCAAUAAAGAUCACCUUCCAUUUCUCCAUUCAAAUUCAUCAUAAUAUCUGGGGUAAUCUCAACAAUCUAUUUCAAUCAUUAUGCGUUUAUUUGAAAUUAUAUAUAAUAUAGAGACUAUCCUGAUGAUAGUUGAACAGUCAUAAUAGUGAAAAUUUCAUUGGAUCUUCAACUGCCAUUUAUUUUUCAGAAAACCCCCAAUCUCAUAUUAAAUCAUAUGAGCGUUAAUCGAAAAAAAGAGGAAAGGCUGUACGAAACACUCAGAACGGUAAUUCCCCAUUCAGAGUGAUAAACAAUACUUUUAUCUCUAAUAAUUCUUUUGAUAAUUUUUGCUAUCAAAAGCACAAUUCGUAAACAAAAGAAUUACUUCAUUUUGAAAGGUACUAGGAUUAACAUUGUGAAAGUCAGUGCAUAAAAAAAGUCACUUUAAGCGCAUAAAGUCCUCUAAGUAUUUUCGGUAUCAUCGUCGUUGUUUGCAACUUCAUUGUGCUUAAAGAGAGACACUAUGGAUAACGGAAGUAAAUACUACACAUUCACUUGGUUCAUAGAAAAUUAUAGCUACUGCUUGCUAAAAAUUGGGCAAAGAUUGAUUAGUCCAGAGUUCACCACCGAUGGCUUAGAGAGCACUGUUUGGACCCUCAGGCUGUAUCCAAGAGGGUACAAAGAUAAUGAUAAAAAUUAUAUUUCUCUUUUUCUUAAUAGAAGUAAAGAUGAUGUUUCUCCCACAGAGAUUUCGGCAAAAUACGAACUAUCAAUUCUUGCAUCUGGUAGAUCAGCUAUUUGUUACGAAAAAAAUGAAUCCGCAUUCACAAAGGGAAUAGGUCGGGGACUGGUAAGAUUCGUAAAAAUGCAGGAAGUACUUUUGCAUAGAAAGGCUGAUUAUUUACCUGAUGAUACUUUAAGAGUGCGUUGUAAGAUUUGGAAGAAAGAAGGAAAAUUUCAGCCAAUUACAGACAUUUACGCUCGAACUCGCAUCGGAACAGAGCAUGUUUCGUUUCUGCAAGUUGUCGAAGAUUUCAGCACUCUGAAACCAAAUGAGAAGAAGACUUCUCAGUACAAAUCUCUUUCACAAAAUGGAGGUUCCUUAUCAUGUAGUUUUUAUUUUACUGAUGCCUCAUGUUGUGAUGGAACGAUUAUGAUGGAAAUCACACCAUCCUGUAAGACACACAUCCUUACCAAAUGCAAAGUUUUUUUAAUGGACCACACAGGAAAAAUAAUUAAAUGUGGUUUCAGUGAUGUCCGAUUUAAUGCUAUUAAAACUGAAAUGGAUAAAUUGGCCCUCAUCAUCACAAGGGGGAAAUUAUUAAACAAUAAAACAGAAUAUCUACCUGAUGAUAAACUGACUUUGUUAUGUGAAUGCAUUUUUUAUACGGGAGUGGAUUAUGAGAAAAUCGAAAGGAUUCUGCAAGAAAUGCCUUUCGGGGUUUUUAGUCAGAUAAAUGACAGCCAUCAGAAUAACGAACCAUGUUCCGGUGCACUGGAUGACAUAACAGAAAUUUACAAUAAUCAUUUGCUUAGUGAUGUGGAACUAAAAACAAAAACGGAGUCUUUCCCUGCCCACAAAGUUGUGCUUUGUGCCAGGUCUUCUGUUUUCAAAGCCAUGCUGACCAAUGACAUGAAAGAGACAAACACUAAUAUCAUCCAAGUGGAUGAUUUGGAAAACGAUACCGUUCAUCAAUUUCUGUUAUUUCUGUACUCCGAUAGCAUCGAGAGUCUCCAGUGGAACUCUGCUGUCAAACUAUAUUACGCAGCAGAUAAAUAUCAAGUCGAAAAACUGAAGAUGAUAUGUUCUUCCUUUCUGGUAAACAACCUAAGCAUAUCCAAAGCUAGUGAACUACUUCUUCUGGCAGAUACUCACAGCGACUCUGAUCUGAAGGCGGUUGCGGAAGAUUUCAUUUUGGAAAACGACGAGCAGGUUUUUAGUACAGACGAAUGGGGAGACUUAAUGGAGACUAAUCUUCUGUUAGCUAGUAAGACAAUGCGCCUGAAAUACAUUAGAAAACUGUAGGUUUCUAAUUAUCUGCAAAGAGGUCCUAAACAACAUUCUUGUUGAAUAUCCACCACUAUCUGCCAUCAGUAUGAUGAGGUAAACUCUUGACAGUGAGACUAGAAAGCAUUAUUUCGUUCUUCAAACGUGUUAUAUUCCAGUUGGCAGGUUCUCCUAUAUUUGAUAAUUUUUUAUAUUAUUAUUUUGAAUUAUUUUGGUGAGAGUUUUGUAGUUAUUCAAUUAUAAUUCAUUUUUAUUCCUAAUAUGUUGAUCACGUUUUAAUCGUCCUUUUAUUUUCGAUGAUUUUUAUUAUUGAAAUUUAUUUUAGACACCAGUUAAAAAUAUUUUAAAUAUAUUAAUUUAUAGAUUUAGUAUGA